ACGCGCCGGGCGCGGGGCCCCGGAGGACGCGAGCAGUCGGGGCGGUGCCGCCACGCCUCCCGGCACCAGAGGCGGAGCUCACGCCGCGGAGUCCCGCCCCAGCCUGCGUCCGCCCGUAGUCCAGUCGCUGCUCUUUUCCAGGCGGGUAAGCCCUAACAGGAGGAAUCUAAGAAAGAGUACCGGCUGGCUGGCCUUCCCAGCGCUCGAAGCCCCGCCAUGCUCGUCCUCCGAAGCGGCCUGACUAGGGCUCUGGCUGCGCGGAAGCUUGCGCCUCAGGUGUGCUCAUGUUUUGCUACGGGCCCCAGACAAUACGAUGGAACAUUCUAUGAAUUUCGUACUUACUGCCUUAAGCCCUCAAAGAUGAAUGAGUUUCUGGAAAAUGUUAAGAAAAACAUACAUCUUCGGACAGCUCACUCUGAAUUGGUUGGAUACUGGAGUGUAGAAUUUGGAGGCCAAAUGAACAAAAUGUUUCAUAUUUGGAAGUAUGAUAAUUUUGCUCAUCGAACUGAAGUUCGGAAAGCCGUGGCCAAAGAUAAGGAAUGGCAACAAUCUGUCGUUCCAAAUCUGGCUCUCAUAGAUGAACAAGAGACUGAGAUUACUUACCUGGUGCCAUGGUGCAAAUUAGAAAAGCCUGCAAAAGAAGGAGUCUAUGAACUGAUUAUUUUUCAGAUGAAGCCAGGUGGGCCAGCUUUGUGGGGUGAUGCAUUUAAAAGGGCAAUUAAUGCCCAUGUGGAUCUAGGCUACUCAAAACUAGUUGGAGUUUUCCACACAGAAUAUGGAGCACUCAACAGAGUUCAUGUUCUUUGGUGGAAUGAGAGUGCAGACAGUCGUGCGGCUGGGAGACAUUGGUCUCAUGAGGAUCCCAGGGUUGUGGCAGCUGUUCGGGAGAGUGUCAAUUACCUCGUGUCUCAGCAGAAUAUGCUUCUGAUUCCUACAUCAUUUUCACCUCUAAAAUAGUUUUCCAUUGAAAUACAAGCAUUGCAUUAACUGCUAUAAGAUGUGUCUGCUAAUGGUGCUUAAAUUCUCCUAAGAGAUUCUCACUUGCAUUUGAAGAAGGUGGUAAGUUAAUUUUCUGUGUCUCUACACUUCUAAAGCCACCUCUAUCCUUCCUUCCUCUGUUCCUCUCCACCUUAGGAAAUAGUGCUGUUCAUUUUCCCCUUGGCAUUUCCGUGUCUGUUACACAUUAGAAAUAGUUGCUACUACUUGAUGAUCUUGAUUUUUCAUUGGUUUCAGAAUCUCUUGUACUCUCUUUUGACAACCCUCUGCUUUUAUAAUGUUUUCUUAUAUUCAAAUGAUGAUUUUACAUUUUGAACCCGGUGUUUUAAAAUUAUUUAUAUAUAAUGUCCAUCUUUUCAUGUCUGUUUUUUCUGAGAUUUUUAAAAAUAUUUCUGCUCAGUAAAGUUUAUUUUGUGAUCAAAUGGGAUUCUAAUCUAAGAUCAAAUAUAUUGCUUUACCUUGGCAAAGUACAGUGUCAUCUGUGUCAUCUGUAUUAAUUAUGGUUUUCACAUUAAUUAUGAGUCCCUCUAACUGGGAAAAUAAUGUUACUAGGUCUCUGUUAAAAACUUCAGAAGACUUGUUUUACGUGCUGAAAUGUGUUCAUUUAUAGUUAAUGUUUGUUCAUUUUGGAUCACUAACAGAUACCUGGGACAGCUAUUUGUUUUAAAGAGAUCUUUAUGGUUAUGAGAAUGGUUGCCUGAAUAAAAGCCUACAUACCCAUUCUGCAGGUUUUUUUAUUUGUGUUUUGUAUUUAUACUGUCUUUUCUACAGCUUUUACUGUGUUGCUGUAGGGUAGUGACACGGUAACAAUUUAACAACUUUAUUGUAAAUGUUAAGUUACAUUAAGAAGAUAACAUAAUAAUCCCAGAAAGUUUUGAGUACAACCACAUAUUCUAAGGUUUUUCUUAAAACACCUUUAAUUUCCAUUUUAGUUGAGUGCACCUGCCUUCUAAAACUAGGUUUAGUAAUUACAAGCUCUCUUGAUAGUCUAUAUUUAGAGCCAUAUUAUUUUGUGUUUCUAAAACAGAUUGUAAUAUAAAAUAGUAAAUCAUGAAUUAGCUGUCUUAAGGGAAAUUUGGAAAACAAAGUAUAGCAUAAGACUCCGGAUAGAAGAAAUGUCUAAAGGAUUAAAAAGAAAAACAAAAAAUUGAAAGGUGAGGUGGGUGUUCAGGUGCAGUGUAUACUAUUAACAGACAAGAAUCCAAAUAAAAGCUUUGUGAUCCAGCUAUUGUCAUGUUUUCUGCUUCACAGUAAAGCAGAACUGUCAGAGUUACACGUAUAUUCCCCAUCUUUACCUCUUACUCUUCCCUCAACCUGAGCCUUGUCAAUCUACUGAAAUGACUUCAAGGUCACCAAGGACCUCUGUCUUACCAAAUUCAGUCGUUUUCUCUGCCUUACCUUGCUUCUCAGCAGUGUUGGGACACCACUGACCAUGUUUGCCUUCCUGAAACACUUGAUUCUGAGCUUCAGUAUAGGGUGUCAAACUCAGAUUUUCCUCCUCACUGGCCAGUCCCUCUCUUUCCUUUGCUGGCUUCUCUUCCAAAUGUGGGUGCGAUCUCAGGGCUCAGGAAUGUUCUCUAUCUUCAUUCUCUCUAGGUCAGCCCAUUUAGUCGCAAGGCUUUAAAAACCAUACAUGUACUGAUGACUUACACAUUUUUAUCUUCUUUCCCAUCAUUGUUCCUGAGCACCGAAUUUGAAGAAGGUACGAAUGGCCGUUUUAACACAACCAUUUACCUAGUUUGAGUCACAAACUAGAAGUCACCUUGAUAGCCCUUGCCCUCAACCCCUACAUGGAGCUUGUCGGUAAUUCCUGUUGGCUCUGUCUCUAAAAUACAUCCUGAACAUUAUUAUUCCUGUGUCUGUUGCUACACCCUUGCCCAAUCCACCAACAUCUUAGCCUCCCUACUGUUCCUUUUCCCCAUACAGCCAGCAUUCUUUCUGAAACAGUGAUUACAUCAAACCACUACCUUGUUGAAAACUCUCCAGUGGUUCCUCAUUGCACUAACAAUAAAAUCCAGAUACCUUAAUAUGGCCUGGGAGGCCCUACAGGUUCUGGUUUCUGCCCCUUCUACCACUCCAGAGAUUGGAAUUCUCUCUCUCCUUCCCCAGCCUGCCAACCUUUUUCCCACUUGGGGCUUUUGCACCAGGUGUUCUUUCUUCCAGGAACAUUCUCUCUGCCCACCUUCAAAUGUUGGCUCCUACUUAUUUGAUCAGAUCUGAACUCAAAUGUCACUCUUCAGGCGGCCAUCUCUGACUCUUCUCCCAUCAUUAACUCAUAUAACCAUGGGUCAUUUUCUUCUUAGCACUUACUGUAGUCUGAAUUUAUUGUAUGUGUUUGUCUACACAUCCAUUGUGAAUGUGAGUAUGAUUUCUCCACUGAAAUUUAAGUUCAUUAGAGCAGGAAUUCAGUCUUCGACACUGCAUCCCAGAACCUAGAAAAGUAUAUGGCACACAACAGAGUUCAAUAAAUAUUGGUUAAAUUAUUGUAUGAUGAUGCCAGGCGGAUUUUAUGAGAGCAAUUGUUAACUUAUACUCACCUUCACCAGAAAGAACCCUCUGCCAGUCUAGUAGCAGCUUAAUUUUAAACAAGUUCUUUAUCCACUGAGCCACAGUUUACUUGCACAUCAAAUGGUACUGCUUACCUCAUAGGGCAGAUAGUUAAUUAGGGAGUAAAUGAAGUGCCUGACAGUAAAAUACUUGAAAAAGGUAGCUAAUUUUCUACCUUUUCAUAUAUAAUAUAUGCAUUACCAUUUCAAAGGUUCCAAGGUUCUUCUGAACCUACAAAUGUGUAUAUAGGCUCUUCUCUAGAUAGAAGGUUUUCCUCCAGACUCAUGGGUGACUUACAUGGUUAUCUAAAUUACUUGCCUUUUCAUCUUUUAGUAGCUUUCUUCUCUCGAUUGUCAUUUUUCACAAAGAAACACAGUUUUCUAUCAUUUCAUUGAAGUCGCCAUAAUGUGAACUUUAAGAGGGAAAGACACAGCUGCGAUGCUGAUUCCAAGUGCUCAAGGCUCACUCACAAACCGAGAUCCUUCCUCUGCACGCAGUGGGAUGCGCGCCUUAGCAAAGGACCACUCAGCACCUGUCCUCAGGGCCGUUAGAAGAGGCCCCACAACUCUGCUAUGCUGCCUACGAGGGGGAGUUUGACAGAGGUUCCUCAGAUACCGAGAUAAGCAGACGUCUUUCCUGAGACUUUGCUAGUGAGCUAUGGAAAUUACAUCCACACGUCUCGUCACAGCCCCACAUAACCCUGGCUUUCGACUGCACAGCACUUUUUACAGAAAGGGAAGGCACCUCCGAUGUUCCUCUACUUUUUCCACUUUUUCUGCGUGCUCACCUAGGCCACCAUACCGAGCAGACCUUGCCAAUACACUUGGCACACACUGUCCUUGUAUUUUCAGUUUAACGAACAAAAGACCUCUGAAGGCGGCCUUUGUAGCUUCAACAAAUAAAGCAGUGAGGUUUUUAUCAAACGGACUUAGCUACAGAGUAUUUCCAGAGAGCUCUCUAGCUUCAAAAAUCAAUAAGCUGAAUACGUUUUACCUAAAAACCUCUUAAACUUCUUAUUUACUAUCUUAACUGAAUUAUGAAAGUGUAAACACCCUUUAUCUGCAAGUAGUCCCCUCAGUUCUCUUUUGUAACAGGACACUUAGCCUUUUCUAAAAUUUCUACCCUUGACUCAAAGAGCUUCCCACUACAAGUGGACGUUUCUUACUUUCCUAAUGUCUUCACAAGCUUUAACAGUAGGUGGUGCUACGAAUGCACGGAAGUAAAUUUGCACAGACCCGCAGAACUGUCACAGCUUUAUUUCGUGACUCAUUACAACAUAGAAAUACGCUUUUUUUUAAUACUUCAUAUAAAGUUAUUGACAUACAAAAUUUUUUUUCUUUUUUUUCCUUUUAAUGAAAAUGAUUUAACUUAGAAAUCUGUUGUGAAACUUUUGUCUAGUUUUGCAAUUCUCAGAUAUUCCAGUGCAAAAAUAGAUCCCAUUAGAGACAGCAUAAAGUGCUUGGAAUGAAGAGCCAAUGAUAAAGAAAAAGCACAAAAACAUAGCUUCAUCCUAGGGUAUAAGGAGAGAGAAUACUUAAUCCUUAAUGGAAAUAGAAACAUUCUAUAAAAGGGAUGCAACAAUUUUGAAGAGAAUUAGAGCUGUAUUACUAGAGUACUAUUACUAGUAAAUAGUAACUAGGGUACAAAUUAAUAUCUCAGUAUCAAAGUGGUUCAAUAUUAUAUAUGACACAUGGCUCUUUGGAAAAAAAUUUACCUGAUAUAUACAACAUCACGAGAAGAAAACAGACAAAUCCCUUUCGUCAAUGAUUACAGUGAAUGAAAGACGUGCAACAUUUAAUCGUCACAAUGCACACGCUUUCAGUACAGAUAUUCAAAUACAGUAGUCUGAGGUUUGGCUGUUUUUUAACAAUGAGCUGUGCUGGAUGUUUAUGUAUGUGUAAAGGGCUUUGUGAUUGUUUUCUUUUGUAUUUUUCAUAUUCACAGUUGACAAUAAAGUUUCCAAGGUGUCCAAAAGAAGCAAAAGUGGCAAACUUUGGACACUUUUUUGAGACUUUUUGAAACUCACAUACUUACAUUUCCACAGGGAAUAUAUAGAAAUUUUACUUGAGUCGGUAAAAAAAUUCUACUAUAAUUAGGUUUACACAGGGAAAUGUAAAAGAUUACUAUUUGGAUAGCUUAAAAGGUAACAGUGAAGUCAGUGUGUAGCUAUAGAUUGUUUCUAGCUGCAGAAGAGAUCCUUGGAAAUCUAUAUUGAAUUUUUUUUUUUUUUCAAAACAGUUCACAGUGUCUUUUGAUUUUUAAUAUGGCCUUGAAGUCAGAGUAAUUAGAGCCAGGAGCUGCUCAAUGAUUUAAUAAAAUAGAGAAUUAGAACAUGAUUCUAGUGAAAUGGGAAAAUAACAAAAGUUUGAUUUUGAAAAAUAUUAAAUAAGGAGAAACUAAAUUACACUAUGAAUUUUAUAUCAUUAAAGAUUGCACAAAAUAUAAUGACCUCAUCAUGCCAAUAGUUACUAGAAAUGGGCCUUCAUUACUUGUUUAUCAUUUUAGGAAAUACUGGCAUUAAUUUCUAAGUCCUUUUCUUUUGCCAAACAAGUUAAUGUGAUAACAUUCUAUAAAUUUUAAAAAAUAGAUUUGAAAUAGAUGUGAAUCUUAACAACCUUUAGUUAAUAUUUAAAUUUUAGAAAAAGAAAUUAGUAAUGAUAUUGAAAGAUGGCUUGAAUUUCACCCAGUAGUACUUCCCUCAUAUUUUUGUUGUCUCAAGACAGAUCACAUUAAGCAUUAGUGAAAUAUUUUUUUAAGUGUUUAUUGACUAAAAAAAUAAGACUGGAUCAGAAAAGUCAAAUAUAUUUCAUGUGGGGGCAUUUGCUUUUUUUUUUUUUCUUUUCAUGAGAAAUUUAGGACUGAAGAGAUGAAAAGUUUGAGAUUGUCAGAAUGGGGUAUCUAAGAUCUUCAAAGCCAAUUUUCUGACAGUACCAAAUAUACCCAUAAGCACAAGUUGUGUUACUCAACAAGUUUUGUUGAGUAACACAACUUGUGCUUCACAAAGUUUCACAAAGAUUUUGUUAAAGUAUUCAUUGUUUAGUCUUGUGACCCUUAUGACAGACUUUUUUGGCUUUUGCACUGUUGCUAUUUAAAAAAAAAAAAAAAAGGCUGCCCAGUAUUCACUGGGAUCCCACAAC